UGUCUUGGCCGCCACGCCCCUUCCACGCCUCCUUCUGUGCGCCCAGGCGAGCGAAGCGCAGAGAGCGAAGGAGGUGGUGUCUAAGCGGAGGUCGCGGUGCUGGAGGCGGGGAAGCAGCAUGGCAGCAGCGCUAAUGCUCAGAGCCUCCGUCAGCUUGCUGCCUAAGCAAAGGAAGGUCUAUGCAGGCAGCGUUGCAAUGGUGUCUUCUAGGGCAAUGGCUUCCAAGACCCCUGUUGGAUUCAUUGGUUUGGGCAACAUGGGAAAUCCAAUGGCAAAAAAUCUUAUCAAAAAUGGCUAUCCUGUUAUUGCAUAUGAUGUAUUUCCAGAAGCUUGUAAAGAAUUUCAAGAUGUGGGUGCACAGGUGACUGAUUCCCCAGCUGAUGUGGCAGAGAGAGCUGACAGGAUUAUUACAAUGCUUCCAUCUAAUCCUAAUGCAGUAGAAGUUUACACAGGGAACAGUGGAAUUCUGAAGAAAGUGAAAAAAGGAUCUUUGUUAAUAGACUCCAGUACUAUUGAUCCUGCAGUUUCAAAAGAGUUAGCCAAAGAAGCUGAAAAAAUGGGAGCUGUUUUUAUGGAUGCUCCUGUUUCUGGUGGCGUUGGGGCAGCUCGUGCAGCGAACCUUACAUUCAUGGUUGGGGGAGUGGAACAAGAGUUUGAUGCUGCAAAGGAGCUGCUCACAUGCAUGGGUUCCAAUGUCAUCUACUGUGGAGAAGUUGGAACUGGGCAGGCUGCAAAGAUCUGCAAUAAUAUGCUCUUAGCUAUCAGUAUGAUCGGAACUGCUGAAGCCAUGAAUCUUGGAAUCAGGUUAGGUCUUGACCCAAAGCUAUUGGCCAAAAUCCUAAAUAUGAGCUCAGGCCGUUGUUGGUCAAGCGAUACAUACAACCCUGUGCCAGGAGUAAUGGAAGGCGUACCGUCUGCUAACAGUUACCAAGGUGGCUUUGGAACAACACUCAUGGCCAAGGAUCUUGGUUUGGCCCAGAUAUCUGCUACCAACACAAAGACACCAGUCCCUCUCGGGUCUCUAGCCCAUCAAGUCUACAGGAUCAUGUGUGCCAAGGGUUACGCCCAGAAAGAUUUCUCAUCUGUGUUCCAGUUUUUACGAGAGGAAGAGAGCUUGUGAACCUUUUUCUGACAAUGGACAUGAUUAGAAAUCAAGUUCUGUUUGGAGCCUCCUUAUUAUGAUUACUCAACAGAUAGAUACACAGGUAUAGUCCAAAGAUCAUGAAUCAUGAUCUCACCCAUACCUUUUGCAGACUUCUGGAUUUAACAUCUAUUGUCUGAAACAGCAGGUUGUUAGAGAGGUUUUUAAAAGAUUUGUUUAACAACAAUACAUACAUAACUGAUUUACAAACAUGGUAGGUCUUAAGCAAAAUCCAGUCAUUAGGAAGCAAACCAUUUGCACAUAAAAAUGAUGCCAUCAUUUUCAACUGUGUGAUUAAAGGGACUGGUAACUGAACUUUCUGUCUAACAAAACAUUUCAUCUUUAAAAACAGAGAGAAGGUUCUUGUGAUUAAGAAUUUUUUCUUAUAGAUAUUUUUUUAAACCUAGUGUUGGCCUAAAUACAAAUUGUGAAUUUCUCAUGAGAAUAGUGGUGGAAAGUUAUGUUGAGAAAUGUAUGCCAAUUUAUUGGAAAGCUGCUACUACCCAUAUGGUUUUAAAUAGUGGGCAUAGUUUAAAAACACUUGUCUCUCUGUGUGUAUUUCUACACUAUUCUUUGCUAACCUAUUUUUGUACAUUUUUUUACCCUUUCACAUUUUCAAAAUAUUUAUGUAUACUAACCUCAUCUGAUAUGCAUUUGUUUUAGCCAACUACUACAUUAUUAUGAAUCUAAAGUAAAUCUCUUUUCUUUGUAAUCCAAUAAAAUUUAAGAUGGCAAAUGA